CUUCGAUUCCUCUUCUUCAUUUUUCUCUCCAACUGAAUCUGUAAUUAAUUUCUUCAACUUUAUCCAUCGAACCCUCUUUCUUUUUUCUGCAAAUUUGUCCCUUUCAGACAUAUAUAUAUUUAUAUAUAGCUGAAAAGGGAUUAAGGGCGUGUUUGGUUGAGCUAUGAGUAAGACCAGCUCCGACCUGAUCGAAACGAAGCUCGAAGAACAUCAAUUAUGCGGAUCCAAACACUGCCCUAGCUGCGGCCACAAGCUCGACGCCAAGCCGGACUGGGUAGGCCUUCCGGCGGGGGUCAAGUUCGAUCCGACCGACCAGGAACUCAUCGAGCAUCUGGAAGCUAAAGUUCUUCACGAACCGGAGAAAUCUCAUCCGUUGAUCGACGAAUUCAUCCCCACGAUCGACGGUGAAGAUGGCAUCUGCUACACGCACCCUGAGAAGCUCCCAGGUGUGACUAGGGAUGGAUUGAGCAGACAUUUUUUCCACCGGCCGUCGAAGGCGUACACCACCGGCACGCGGAAGCGCCGGAAAAUCCAGCCGGAGAUCGACCGGCGGCUGAUUCAUUCGCCGUCGCCGUCGUCGACGGCGGAGACGCGGUGGCACAAGACCGGAAAAACGCGGCCGGUGAUGUCCUCCGGCAGGCAAAAAGGCUGCAAGAAAAUCCUCGUACUGUACACGAAUUUUGGGAAGAAUCGAAAGCCGGAGAAGACGAAUUGGGUGAUGCAUCAGUACCAUUUAGGGCAGAACGAGGAAGAGAAGGAAGGAGAGCUUGUCGUCUCCAAAAUAUUUUACCAGACGCAGCCCCGCCACUGCAGCGCCGCCGCCGGCAAAGAAACUGAAAUUGGACAGAUCAGGGAAGAAGACGACAGAUUCUCGAACGUUGUAAAAAAUUCUCAGAUUGUUCAGAACAGUUUCAACGCUGCCGCCAUGGAUGAUCAGUUCGGAUUUCUUCCCUUCAAGAAAUCGUUUGAGGGUGGGGGGAAUAAUAUUGGGGAAGCUUCAAUGGCAAGGGAGGGUGGAGGAGGAAGAGGGAUCACGUGCGAUCACGUGACACAUCAUCAGAUUGCAGCAGCAUAUCAUAUAAGCAGGCCAUCCCAUUCUCUCUCCGCCAUCAUCUCCCCGCCGCCGCCGCCGCUGCCUCUCCACCACCACCACACUUCCAUCGGAAUUCUAGAUCACAACCCCUCCGCCGCCGCCGCCGCCUUCCAUGACCCUCGGAUUAUCCUCCCGGCGGCGGACCAUUUCCAGGAACAAAGAGAAGGGCAACAUGAUGAUGAAGGUGAUAAUGAUUAUGAUCAAGAAGAAGAAGAUGAUGAUGAUGAUCAUAGUAAUAAAUUAGGAAUUAAAAAAAGAAGAAAAAAUGAAAGAAGAAGAAGAAAAAUGUGUUGUUCUGAAGGAUUGGAGGAACUGAUAAUGAGCUGCUGCACCUCAACCUCAACUUCAUCUUCAACUCAGACUCCACUCAAACAAAUGCAGGAAUCGUCGAUGGCGAACCCUCAAGAGACUGAAUGGCUCAAAUACUCGACUUUCUGGCACGACGCCGGCAACUCUAAUCACCAUGGAUAGCUCAUAGUACUACAAAACUACAAAGUGACAAAGGAAAAUUAGAUGAGUAGAAUUUCAGACAAAUGUAUAUAUAUAUAUAUAUACAUACAUACAUCAGAAACUACGCAGAGACAUAUAGAUAUAGAUACAUACAUACAUACAUUAUACAUACACAUGAUUAUCGAUCGUCCUUUGUUAUCUUA